AUGGAAGAAACAUUCACGUGCGACUCCCUUGGGGAAGCUUGUCCUGAUCUCGCCACAAUUCUAGCGAUCAACAGAUACAACGAGUCAUGGAAAGAUGAUGCAACCUGGAUUCUGACGUCGUCCUUUGUCAUCUUGACGAUGCAAUCGGGCUUUGGUUUAUUGGAAAUUGGAGCCAGUUCCGCAGGAAACGAAGUGAAUACAAUGUUGAAGAAUGUCGCUGAUAUUCUGUUUGGUGCCCUGGCAUUUUACUGCGUGGGAUACGGAAUUGCGUAUGGUGACCCGUCUAAUUCGUUCAUGGGAUUGGGAGACUUCUUCCCAGAUGGUGACACAGAUGCAGCAGUGAAAUCGGGUAUUCUGUAUUCACGAUACCUGUUUCAGCUGUCGUUUGCAGCUACGUCAGCUACGAUUGUCAGUGGUUGCAUUGCCAUGCGUAUGCGCUUCGAAGUCUACUGUCUAUUUGCCUUCUAUGCCGUCGUCAUUUAUUCCUUUGUUGCUCAUUGGGUCUGGGCUGACAAUGGGUGGCUGCUACAACGAGGAUUCCACGAUUUUGCGGGAGGAUCAGCGGUUCAUUUGCAUGGCGCUGUCAAUGGUCUUGUAGCAAUUUUGUUUGUGGGACCCCGACGUGGUCGCUUUGACGGCAGUCGACCAGAAUCUGACUUUGAAGAAUCCAGUCCAACAAGUAUGUUGUUUGGUCUAUUUACGUUAUGGUGGGGUUGGAUUGGUUUCAACUGUGGUUCCACCUUUGGCAUCACCAACGACAAGUGGCUGGUCGCAGCCCGUGCUGGCGUCAACACGAUCAAUGCAUCCGCUGCAGGUGGCAUGUUUGCCAUGAUAUACAGCAAAGUGCGUUCCAGAGGGAAAUACAUACAUCCCGCAGACGUGGUGAAUGGAAUCUUGGGAGCUCUUGUGGCGAGUUCUCCGACCUGUGCCUGUGUCCAUACCUAUGACUCCCUCGCCAUUGGAGCUAUAGGAUCUUUGUUUUGCAACUGGACCAAUGACUACUUGAUCAAACAGCGGCUACGCCUUGACGAUCCCGUAGGUGCAAUUGGAGUCCAUGCAGCCGGUGGCCUGUGGGGCGUUAUGGCUGUUGGCCUUUUUGCCGAUAAAAACUUGCCAGGUCUUGACCUCGAUGUCUCGGGGCUCUUCCGUGGCGACGGUUUUGAGCUGAUGGGUCGACAGCUGAUAGGACUUGCUGCCAUUUCUGGUUGGUCUCUUUUGACAAUGCCUCCAUUUUUCUACAUUGUUGGUAUUCUUUUCAGCCGAGACUGGAAGAACCCCCGCAAGGGGCUUCGUCAUGAAUUUAUUCAGAUGGACCGCUUCAUACACGGCUGCACUGAGGAUCCGACAGACAAGAUUACCGAGGAGAUUACAAAAGCGCUGCAAUCACGAGAUCAGCGAUAUGGUACCAACAAUACCAACAGUCGCAGGAGCAUUCUUCUCUCUGCACCAAAUCCCUAUCAAUCUCACGUAUUGACCUUGGAUGAUACGGGUGAUUCCAAAACGGCUGAUGGUGCCUCCUUAUCAGCACCAGAAUCUGCCAGGGAAAUCGCGAUUGAAAAUGCAGGAGAAACUAUUUACACUCCCAAGACGCCGACGAUAGCUGACCAAGUCGUCCACUCAUGGGAAAUGAGUGAAAGAACGCUGUAG